AUGAAGAGCCUUACCUUGAUAAUCCUGGCCGGUUUGGCGGCAGGCAGUUAUGCCGCAGCUUUAGAAGCGCCAAUCGAUUUUUAUAAACUGUACGAUAAUCCAGAGGCUCAUGUCAGCCUAAAAGGGAAAUUGACAACGUCCGAUCGCACAGCCCUCCAUGGUUACCCAUCGGAGCAUCAUCACAUCACCACCAAGGAUGGCUAUGUCGUGGGCGUAUUCCGGAUUCCCUAUUCCCACAAAUUGCAGAAUCAAAACGUAAAGCGACCCAUAGUGCUGCUGCAACAUGGAUUGACUAGCUGCUCUGAUGCCUGGAUUCUGCAAGGACCCAACGAUAGUCUUCCUUAUUUGCUAGCCGAUGCAGGAUACGAUGUGUGGAUGGGCAAUGCACGUGGAACCUCCUACUCCAGAAACCACACCAAGAUCUCCACAGAACAUCCUAGUUUCUGGAAAUUCAGUUGGCAUGAGAUUGCCAUUUAUGAUAUUACCGCCAUCAUUGACUAUGCCCUGGCCACGGAGAAUGGCCAGGGGCAGGAGGCCAUCCACUAUGUGGGUCACUCGCAGGGCACCACGGUUUUCUUUGCCGGAAUGUCUACGCUGCCGGAAUAUAACAAGAAGAUCAAGACCGCCCACAUGUUUGCCCCGGUGGCCAUCAUGAAGAACCUGGGCAGCUCCUUUGUGCGUUCCGUCAGUCGGUAUUUGGGAAACGGAGGUAUCUCUGACACGCUUUUUGGCUGCCAGGAGUUUCUGCCACACAAUGAGUUCGUGAUGGCCCUAUUCUUCAAUCUCUGCCAGCCGGACUUUAUGCUGCGUCCAGUGUGCGACAGAGCCAUGGAGUCUCUCUACGCCGGCGGUCGGGUUAAUAUGACGGCAAUGCCCGAUGCUAUGGCCACCCAUCCGGCAGGUUGUUCCACUGAUCAGAUGCUCCACUAUCUGCAAGAACAUCAUUCCGGCUACUUCAGGCAGUUUGAUCAUGGAAUCAAGAAGAAUCUGGAGAUCUAUGGCACCGAAGAACCGCCAGAGUAUCCUGUGGAACUGAUCACCGCCGAAGUGCACAUGUGGUACUCGGACAGCGAUGAUUUGGCCGCCGUCGAAGAUGUGGAGGCACUGGCCAAGCGACUGCCUAAAAAGGAGAUGCACCACAUGGACGACAAAGAGUGGAACCAUGGAGACUACGCCCUGAACCAUGAGGUGCGAGUGUAUGUGAACGAACCUGUGAUCGCCAUCAUGCAGGCGUACGAGUCAAAGAACAGUGGAAUGUGA